AUGGCAUCGCCGGCUUCACCGCGUCUGCCAAGCCCUCCGCCGAUCCCAGAGGACCAGUUGUCACCAAUGCCAGCCAGCCCCGAGCAGCAGAAGCUCUUCAGCAGCCUCGACCACAAUGCUGCGCGAAGAAUCCGGCCAGGCACCAAGGCUGAAGACAUGGCAGAGGGACCUCCGCUAGUAGAUCUGUCAGAAAUCGACUCAGCUUUCCAGCUCACCGAACACCUGAAAGCGCUGCACAACUUCCUCACACACCCCAUCGGCUCGAAUGGCACCAUCGCAGUGGACAGAGAUAUGGCGAUGAAGCUUGCGCAGCCGCCAGAGAACGUGGACAAGACUCUCUGGCUUUACGAGCUAUGUCGCUUCCUCAUUCAGAAGGUCAACUCGAUCAUCGUCGCGCUAUUCUCCGAUAACCCGCCUUGCUCGUCCAUAACCUGCCCCGAGAUGCGCGCAUCAGAAUGGCAAUACCUCUGCGCUGUACACGACCCGCCCAAGUCAUGUUGUGCUAUUGACUACUGCUGCCACACCUUGGACUGGGCUGCAAACACUCUUACAUCGCCGAAGCACUUCCCCUCCAGGCUGGCAUUGGGCACCGACCAGUCGACACAACACUCACAGGCGCGCCAACUGACCAACAUCUUUCGGCGCGUUUACCGCAUAUUUGCGCAUGCCUGGUUCCAGCAUCGCGACAUGUUCUGGAACGUCGAGGGACGUACGGGGCUAUAUAUCUUCUUCAAGACUGUGUGCGAUUACUAUGGACUGAUCCCGGAUGACAACUACACCAUACCUCCCGAGGCUGAGGGCGACGGCACUGAGCCUUCCACGGAGUCGAGGUCCGCAAUGCUACCAACGAUUCUAAAACGUGAGCCUUCUGGGCCCGGGCCAGAAGAUUCGGACAACUCUACUAUCCUCGAGGGCAUCUCAGACCACAAUCUCUCCACGGCUGGCACCACCAAGCGGCACAGGCAUUCACCAUCCGUGGGCGCCACAGCCGUGUCCACAGUAGUGGAAGAAAAUGAAGAGGAGGAAUAUCAACCAAAGGACGCCACUCGACCUGUGACGCAGCUUUUUGAAUUGACACCAUCAGAGGACGCGCCACAGCCGACAGAGCUAGAGCAAACCGGCGAUGCUGAAGAUGAAGACGAGGAGGAUGACGAAGCCGACGCUGAAGAUGCCGACGAGCUGGAGUCCGCUGCGCCAGAAGGCGAUGCAGGUGAAGAGGAACCGGAAAAGCAAAGUGCUAGCGACGAAGCCAAGGCAGAUCCAACGCCUGAAAUCGAGGAAAAGCAAAGUGAAGACGCGCCAACUGCCAUCGAGGCCGAGGAUGCAUCAGACGACAAAGCGUCAGAUCUGGAAGGCUCAGAUGCAAAGGAGCCUGAAGAGGAGCCUUCGAAGGACGAAUCGGGCGUCAGUGAAAGCUCUACGACAAAAGCGGAAGCCGAGAAGGUGGAGACAGAUGUGGAGUCUGCCGCCAAACCAGAGGAGCCGCCUGCAGAGGAAGACAAGACCGGAAAUUGA